CUGUGCCGUGUGGUGUGAAGUGGUUAGUUCAAUCGCGACCGUCACUUGCCUUGCCUAGUUUUUUCAUUGUUGGUGUGGUUGUACUUGUAGUGACAGUUCGAGUGUGGGUUUUCGUACGUUAUUAUCUUCUUGCAGUUGUUUUAUUAACAAAAGAAUUUUAUUCUCCUUUACACUCUACACGGCAAUUUGUGUGGGGAAAACUAAGAAUGACCGAUAAAAAAGGAAAUAUAUUGCCACCUACCGCAGCGGCGCCAGGAAUACCUGGAGGCCCACCACAAGCUAAUACUGGUGGAGCCGCUCCACAACCUUACGGAGUUUUACCUGGAAUUCCUGCAGCAGCUCCAUAUAUGGUGCCUGGACAACAGCUAUAUGCCCAAGGACCGCCGCCGACAUAUGAUCAAGCUUUGACACAUCCCGCUAUUGUGGGUCAACCCGUGUACCCUCCAGGGGCCACAAUGUACGCAGCAGCUGCAGGAUACCCAACAUAUUUAGGAUAUCCCACAUACGCACCAAUGCAAUAUUAUCCUUCAUUGGGCGCUUACUCGUAUCCAAUGCAGCAUGCACAGUUACGUCCAACAAUAAUGAUUCCAAAUGGAUACGACGCGGGUGCAAGGUUCGACGGGAUAGCUCAACAAGUUUUACCGCCAGCACCACCUGGAGUGCCACCGAACGCGGCACAGUUAGCCGCAAUGGCGGGUCAUCAAGUUGCUUUAGGUCAAAAAAAGAGUUCCUUCCUGACAGGUGGCUCUGACGGAGGGUAUACAUUUUGGUAGGGUUUAGUAGAGCAAUAUAAUAAAAUUUACAAUAUUAUUGGAAAUAUUGUAAGUGAUAUCAUAAUUUAAAAUAAAAUUGAAAGCAGUGCUA